AUGCCGCUGCCGCUGCUCACUUAUCGACGCACGCUAGGCCGAGACAAACUCCAAGUUCAAUCGUCGCUGCUGCCACCACGCGAGGGCCGUGGCCGGCCGCCGCCGCGACUGCGGUCGCUACUGCGGAUCGCCUCCGUCGGCGUCGCUGCCGCUGGGAGGUGCCACUCACCAGCGACGAGCUUGCCGACCAGCUUUGGGCCGUCCGGCAAGCUGAAGAGGGCGUCCGGGUCUAAGCACUUCGAGCCGUCACCUGACGCACCACCAUCAUCAUCGACGAAGGAGGCGUCAUUGCACGUUCCCAGUGACGAGAAGUUCCUGUUGAUGUUUCUUCGAGCCAAAAAGUACAAUGUUGAAGAGGCUUUCAGAGUGUUUCAGAACUACAUUCGUGCUCGUCGCGAUGUACCGGAAUUUUUCAGAGAUGUUACGCCAGCAAGCGUUAGGCUCAGAGAAAUUUGCCACGAAAACCAUUUGGUGAUGACUUCGAUGGAGGCCGACGCGCUUGGACGCAGUAUUGCACUCAUGAGAUUGGGUGCGUGGGACCCUACCAUGUGCUCGUUUAUCGAUUUCAUUAGAGGUACAAUGGCUUUGACGAGCAGCAAUUUCUAUGAAGACGCCGCACAAAUCCGCGGAGUGGCGGCUAUCGUGGACUUAGAGGGACUUGGUUUUCAUCAUUUCAGGCAGCUCACUCCAGCGUUGCUCAUUAAGAUUGCCCACAUCACGCAGGACUGUUCGCCAAUGCGAGUCAAGGCUGUGUACGUAAUUAACUACCCAUCUGCUUUCAAGGCCCUGUUUGAAGUCGUGAAACCUUUUUUGAAGCACAAGCUCUUAACGAGGAUUCACUUCGUCGGAGAGGACGCCUCGGAGCUCUGGAAAAUUUGUCCCCGAGGCCUUGUACCAGCCGAAUUCGGUGGCACGCGAAAUGAGUUCGAUUUUGACCGUCAGGAGGAGUCCGUACUUCGGAAGACACGCCUGUUCGAAGAGUUGUGCGUGUAUGACCGUCCACCUCCCUGAGAAACUAUGUCGAGACUUGAAGUUCCUAUUAUUUCUUGUGGCGUGUACCAAUCUGUUGCUCUGUCGCAGUCUCAAUGACGUGACGUUGUAGGCUAGUCAAAAUAUAGCAAACAUGGCCUUUUCUUAAUGUGCAGACUGUGAAAACUCUCGGAACAAUGCAUUACACGCCAACACUCGCGUCUCGUCUCGUCUCCAUGACAACUCGUUUCUAUUUUCCAAU